AUGCCCGCAGUGAAAGUAUUUAAUAUAUUCGGUGGGCAGAAGCCGGCUGAGAAGCAACCGACUCCACCCCCCGCUCACGGGGCGAUGCAAAAGUUCUACAGGACUUUUUCAGUCGCUCCCGAAAACUCGACCGAGCAUAAAGGUGGUAAAGUGACCGCGAUCGCCGCCUGCCUUGAAAAAAGGAUCAGUGAGCCAGCAGUACUUAGUAGUGACCACGUGCAAAAGUUAUUAAAUAAAGUAAACAUAAACGAUUCUGUGAAUGGAAUAUCGGACAAUUUGAAAGGACGUGACCACGCGUACGAGAACGUAAACAUUGCAGUCGCAGCUAGUUUACCGACGAUUAAAAAGAAUUUACUUGAUGAAUCUAAAGGAUAUUCAUCAAUAUACGAAAAUAUUACUAUUGUUGGUAAGCUUUCUAAUAGUGAUAAAGAGGAGAGUCAGACUACUUCUGAAUCAAAAUUAAACAGAGCUCUUGAAUCUUUUGAUAAAAUUUUAUCAGAAUUUUCUACCAACCUGUCUUUAAAUCCAUGUUUGAAUUCAAGCAAGAACAGUUUUAUCGUGCCGAAAUUACAAAAAUCGAAAACUUGUAGCAUAAUAGAGUCACGUUGCAUUUUGAAAAAAACUAUUUCAGAUCCCGAAAGUGAACGAAGGGCGCGAAAUCAAGUGAAACGUAACAACUCAAUCGAUAAAACCACAAGUUUGUGGAAUCUCGACGAUAUGAAGGGGAAAGAAUUAACUAGCCCACUGAAGCCGUUGACUCCAACAAUUAACGAUAAAAUGAAUCCCGAUAAAUAUGCUACCUAUAAAGUGUCAUCUAAGAAUGUACCUCGCACUAACUGCAUUAAGACGGAAGAGCUAAAGAAAAUGGAUGUGAAAACAAGAAUAUUGAAAAAGACUUUGUCAAAUCCACCAUCAACACCCGUCCCAGUGGUUUCAAAAACAAAAUUAAUAACUAAAAAACCCGAAAAGAAAGUUACUGACCCAAAAAAAGUAAGUAGUAAAUCUAAGAAUAAUCUAGACUCCAAGCAAUUUUUUGAUAAUACACAAAAGUCGCAAAUGCAAAAAGCAAAAAGCGUUUGGGAAAUUGGGAACGAAACAAUGAUAACACCUAGCCUAGAGAGAACAAAAUCAAGUACUUCUAUCGCGGGCUCUCCUAGUAAGAUCCCGGUGAUCAGGAGUCAAAUGUCUCAGAACAAAUUCAGCAGUACUCGAGCACUUUUUUCUCCCACUCCGGUUGAUCUAAUUGAUAUAGACCAGGCCAGAGAGUGUGCUCAGAAAAAAAAGCCCACUGUGUCACGAAAAACCGCAGAGAAACCCGAUCAAACGAAACAAAUAAAACAAAAAUCUCAACUCAAUUUAAAGUCUGAUUCAAAGCGACAAUAUGAUAAAACCAAGAAAGAUGCUCUCGAUAAAAAAGCAAUGUCAUCUCAUAAAACGGCAUUAAGAGACUACUCAGAUGAAAUAAAUGCUGUUCGAGCUAAACUACAGCAGAAAAAAAUCAACAACAAGAAAGAUUACGGCGGAGAAACGCCCCAACCUAAACAAAAUGAAACCGAGCCUGCAACAAUCGAUUGCGACCUGUCACCUGUCAAGUACAUCGUAAAAAAACUCGAGUGUAAAACCGCCAUUGAAUCUAAGACAGAGCCCGCCUUCUUCGUCAACUGUAAAGUAAUACCGCCGGUACAUAAAGAAUUAUGCGUGGCGAACACAACAUUCCACAAUCAUUUGAGCACACUCGUGGGCCGCCAAAUAAAGUACGUCGAGUCAAGAGACGAUAGCAAAACAUGUUCCCAAGCGGAGAAGCUCGCUUUACACAAACAUUCCGAGGAGAAGAUAUCAGACACGCACUCGGAUUGCAGCGACGACUCGGGUCACGUUUCGAACGACGCCGCGACCGAUAACGAUGUGGUAUUUGAUAAUAUACACGACGUCAGCCCAACAUGCAGCGUGGACGAGGUCGAUUGUAAUAUGUUUAAUGGACCCAAACAAUUCAGGAUAGAUUUACCCAACAGUGCAAAGAGUGUAUGUCCCGUCCGUCCAGCGCGGCGAGGUGAGCGCAACCAGGUCGCUAGCGGUACCUGCGCCACCGGCAUCGACGCUCCGAAAGUGGACGAGCAGAUUAUGUUCCGAGGCGGCGUUGUGGGCGAGUUGGACGCGAGACGCGACGCCGCCCUCGCACGUGUGCUUGUCCGACUGCAGGCGAGGGCACGCGGCUUGCUGGCCCGACGCCGCGCCCAGAGACUGCGCACACAGCACACUGCAGCUAGGUGCGUGCAACGCAAUGUGCGCGCUUUCCUCGCGGUGCGGGACUGGCCGUGGUGGCGGCUGCUGGUGCGCGUGACGCCGCUGCUCGCGGUCCAUCGCACUGAGCACAGACUCAAACAGGCACAGGAUGAAUUGGAGACACUACGUGCAAAAUUGGACAAGGUUGAAAACGAACGCACACACUACAAGAACGAGACCGAAAAGUUCGAAACAAAGUCUGGUUUUGGUCUUGUUGUACGCCCGCCGUACGGGAAGGUUUCUGAUACAGUCUCAUCGACUUGCGAU